AUCUUCAGGUUCCAACAGUCACCACAGAUAUUCUAACCCUCCAUCAGUCACCACAGAAAAUAUUCCCCCCACAGAUACAGUGACCACAGAUCCUCCCCCUCAACCAGUCACUACAGAAUAUAUUCCCUUCACAGGUACAAAACCCCCAUCUGUAGCCCCACAUAGGGAUGAUAAUGCUGUUUUGGCAGCCGUCCUCGGAACAGCGUUAGGAAUUAUCCUCGCUAUCAUCAUUGGCUUCUUUACAAUCAAGUGGAGAAGGAAAUUUACAGGGGGAAAUACUGAAAAGCCGGAAAACAUAUACACAAACUUACAGCCUCGAACUAUCGAUGGUGCCGAUAACCCGACGUUCAGAAAAGAUAAUUAUGAAACUCUUGGAGUGAAUGGACGUGGUUUGCCGCUUAAGACAGUGUUUCUUGCGUAUGCAGAGGAUCAUGAAUGCCACAAAGAAGUCGUCAAAGCGUUUGCUUCCUUCCUGGAGAAUCAUUGCCGUUGCAACGUCAUCUUCGCACCGUGGCACGUUUCAGAUAUCAUGCAGGACAAAUUUCGUUGGGUGAUCAAUUCCAUGGACCAGGCAGACUACACAGUGAUUGUUAAUUCUUUAACAGCCUACCAACAGUUUCAACACUGGAAAUCCAAUGAUGUAAAACACAGCAAAAUUUUUCAAGGGAGUCCAUUAGCAGAUCUGUUUAUACCAAUAUUAAAUCAGACUUGUAUUCGCAUGAAUAAUCAGUCGGACUACAAAAAAUUCAUAAUGGUCCGUUUUGAAUACACACUAAAAGAACAUACAAUUACUGAACUUAAUUCUGGGGGAGAAUAUGUACUAAUGAAGCAUCUUCAAGACUUCUUAUGUCACAUCCAUCAAUUGGGACGCCAUAAGACCAAAAUGGAAGAUGUCGGUUUGGCGUUUGUAGAUGACUACACACAGCUAGUUGAGGGAGCAGCUCUAGAUGAGAAAAUACAGAAAGCUAAGGUACACGAAGCAAGAUUUCCAAGAAGGAUGGACUCGGAGAGUUCUAGUGAUUCUGGGCUUGACAGUGCGGAAAGCCUGCCUGAGAACGACAAGCAGACAAUAAAAAAGAUGUAUGAGAGCUUCCAAUAUGACGUUAAAGGCGACAGUAUAACAGAAGUUUUUCAUUUCUACCGCGACUCGGAAACGGAGGAUUGUCCGAGUCCUCGAUCCUGUCCUGGGCCAGACAACCUCAGCGAUCCUACAUUCCACCCCCCUAGUAUGAUAGAUCCAAUGGAUGAUUCAAGUGAGGUGCUUAUGGAAAAGAUGAUGUCUCUCAACAUUCAAAAUGGAGGGUUCCAAAAUAUUCAGAUAGCAGAGUGUGAUAACACGAAUGUCGAGGUAGAUGAAAACUUUUUUAGUGACGAAGAAUCAUGCAGAAGUAUUGGUGGGAAGAGUGUAUGAAAAGUACAUUAUGCAAUAUAUAUGUCUGGACACAUUGUCUCUAACAUCUAUUUCUGUUAUUUCUUAUUUUAUAAUCCGCUUAUUUUAAUUAGAUUGCAUGUAUUCCGUUAUCUAUAUAUUCCUUAACAUUUCUACAAUAACAUAUACCUCUACCAUUAUUUUUCACAUUUUUUAGAUCUGUGUAACAUGUAUAUUUUCUGGCGUUUCUAGUCUUCUAGAUGUGUUUAUAUAAGAUAUUUCUGUAGUAUUAUUUACCGAGGAAUACAUAUUCAGGUUGGAGAAUUUAUCAAAUUUGCAAACAAAAAACCUAAUGAAUUAUGAAGUAAGGACUAAUUAAUCAUAAUGACAUAUUUUAGUACAAAUGCAUUUUUGAGUUUUAAAGAUCUGUUUGAUUUAAAAGAAUUAUAAAUAAAUGUCUAUCUUUCUUUUAAUCUACCUGUGUUAAAAACGACAAUGAUGUACAAUUUUUUUAUUAUUGAUUUUAUUUAAAUAUUUUGUUCCCUAUCAUGCCAUUUCUUUUUCUUUUCAUAAAAAAUCAUGUUAAGAUUUAUUUUCCUAACUAUUUGAUAUACUAACCUGUAAAAAAAAAGAAUAAUGA